AUGGAGCAGCAGAUGUGGACGAGUGUAUUUGAGAACAGAUCAGUGGAUCUACAGGACGAGUGGACGCUCAUCAUGAACGAUUCCAUUCAGCCCGGUCAUCCAGGACGAGGGUCCUACCAGUACAUCAGGGGUUCUUUUGCUCGGUUCCGAUGUUCGCUGUGUCGGCGCGGGUGGCCGUCCAGGAGGGUCCAGGUGGUGUUCCAUUUUUCACUGGACGCUGUAAACGGGCGUGGCACGGUGAAGGUGCGGCGCUUCAAGCAGAAUUGCCGUCGGUGCGCUAACGCCCCCAUGGAGGAACCGAGCUUUGAGGAGGAGAACGUGGACGUGAUGGUGGAGAAGCUGAUGGAGAAGAUCAGGUUCAGGUGCUACGGGGAGGACGUGGGCGACUCGAACCGGGCGUCGCACUUCAGCGGCAGAGUCAACGGGCCGCACGAGAGCGCCCACUGCGAGGCCUGCAGGGCGGGAAUAUGCACAGGGCCAGUGAGGCUGACCAGUAUCUGUGCUGACGUGCAGGUUCCUCCUCCACAACAUCAAAAGAAAUCCAUCAUCCUCAGCCGUGCUGUCGGUCAGGAGCUCACUGGUGUGAAGAACCUUCUCAUGUGCACCAUCAGAACCUUGCAGAUGAUCCAGAUGAUCCUGGGUUUCAGACAGGCUGAUGCUCCAGAUCUGGUCCAGUUCUGGUUCUGA